AUGGCCAACGUCGAAAGAAUCAAAUACAUUUUAAACGAACCCUUUACUGAUUUCCUCCAGAAUCUUUUGCAUGAAAAAUUCUACUCGAGCUCACCAGACAAGGUUGUCAAGCUUUUGGAAGUAGGCUGUGGUCCUGGUGAUUUUGCAUUGAUUUUAAAGGAAACUUUGAAGGAAAAAAUUGAUAUUACUGCUAUUGAUCCCUCUGACGAUAUUGAACAGGCUCUAAAGAAGUCCACUGGCUCUGAUGUCCAUUUCUUGAAGGAAGAUAUCUUUACAUUCAAGCCUGGUCAGCAGUUUGAUUUUGUCUUAUUCAGCAAGUCUCUUCAUCACUGCAAUCCCGUUGAUCAGGCGUUGAAAAACGCUCAUGCUUUGCUCGCUGAGAACGGCGUUCUUAUUGCUGAAGAGAUUCAAUUUGAAAUCGUCAAUAAUGAUGAUGUUGCCUGGCUCUUGAAUCGUAUUGAUCUCGUGCGUGCAGGCGGUCAUUUUGUUUCCUUGGAGGAGAGAUUGAAGACAGCUGGACCUUCUCAAAAGCCAAUGCUCAAUCGUAUUCUUGAUACUAGUCUUCCCAUCGCUCAAAGAUGGUUCAAGCCUCAUACGCAUGGUCCUAAGUCUGAACAAGGUCAUGCCCACGGUGAAGAGCAUCAGCAUCACCACUCUCAUGAGCAUCAUCACCACCAUCAUGACAAACUGGAUGACGAAGAACAAAAGAAAUUGGACAGAGAAGACCCUGACAAAAUUGCUAGCUCUAAUGCUAUUCGUAUUGCUAUUGAUGCUCAGUUCGGCAAGGACAACAUUCAAUUGAAUUUCGUGCCCUUCUUUUAUCAGUUCCUUGUUCAUUUCGGAUUGAAAUCAGAUGAGGCUUGCCAGGCUAUUCUUCGCGAGACUUUGAAGCAAGAGCAAAUUGCUAUCAAAGAGCACAAGUUGCAUCCUUUCGGUUUGACUAUCGUUGCUUUCAAAAAGAACUAG